GAUAUAGUUAAUGGGUUUUAUAUAUAUUAACUUAGGUAAACAAAGAAUUAUCCUUAUAUAAAGUGCGUCUACAUACAUGAAAAAGAAUUUCCAAAAUUUCUGGUUAAAAUUAGUAAUAAUUGAGGAGCAGCGUGCAAUCAAUUUUACUAUACGCAAGGGACAGAGUGCGCUGUUGUCGAACUUCACUAACGGAGCACGAGAAGACACGAGGACCACGAGGAGGCGCCAUCGGCUUCUUUCGUACCAUUCCAAAGGCUAAGGUGUAAUAGCUCUCGGGCGACAUACUGAAAUUUAAAUUUCAAAAGAUGAAGAGCCUCAGUAACAUUCCAGAGCCUGGAUCCAGGUACACUUUGGGCGACUUAAUUGCCCAAGGAGUAUUUGGAAAAGUUUUUGAUGCUACAGAUACUCAGGCCUCAAAUAAAAAAGUGGCAAUCAAAAUCCAGAAAUAUGACGAAGACCAUAAACAGUUUGUCGAAGAAGAGUAUCAGAUCCUAAAGGAACUGAGUGACUGCGUCUAUAUAGUGAGCUUCUAUGGGGUUUUCAUGAAAGAUUCUGAUGUGUGGUUUAUUCUAGAGAAUUGUGAAGGAAAUACCGCCCUGGACCUAGUAACUGGCUUACUGUUAAAAAACCGACGUAUGUCAGAGGAGCACAUCGGAUACAUCCUGAAAGAACUCGUUAAGGCCAUAGUGUAUCUGCACGAACACAACAUCAUUCAUAGAGACAUUAAGGCAAGCAAUGUUUUACUGACAAAAGAGGGAGAGGUUAAGUUGUGCGACUUUAACCUUUCAAGAAAAUUGAAAGAUAAAGAAGAGAGAUUGUGGGAGUGUGUUGGAUCUCCUUGUUGGAUGGCUCCUGAGGUCGUAUCAGCUAAUCCUGAUGACGAGGAACAUGGAUUAUAUGACAAUCGGGUGGACGUUUGGGCUCUUGGUAUAACAGCCAUUGAACUAGCAGAAGGCAGCGCCCCCUUCCAAAACAUGCAUCCUUCACGGGCCCUUUUCCAGAUCGUGAAAAACCCCCCACCACGCCUGGAAAAAGUCUCCAUGUGGACCGAGGAGUUUCACGACUUUAUCAGCGAAUGUUUGGUGAAAUAUUACGAGCACAGGCCCUACAUUAUGGAGGUGGUGGAUCAUCCCUUUUUACAAGAAAUACCUGAAAACAAUUAUCACUUGACGUUAGAGAUUAAAUCAUUGCUGGAAAACUCUGGAAACAAACACUUAAAGAGGAGACCUCAAGAAACGGUUGUCAUCGAUAAAAAAUACUUGAAAACCUCUAGCGAUGAUAAAAUUGAGAAACUUGUCGAAGAAGAUUUGGCCGAUUUGGACAACAUCGACGAGAAAACCGUCCUGAAGCUGCUGGAGGAGCGCUUCAAACGCAAAAUGUUUUAUACUUUUAUCGGUGACAUUUUGCUCUCAAUAAACCCUAACGAGAAGCUGGAUAUUUAUGGCAAAGAAUAUCAUCAAAAAUACUUGCAAAAACUACGAUCAGAUAACGCGCCACACAUCUAUGCAAUAGCAGACACCGCAUACCAAAAUGCCCUGCACCACAAAGCACCACAGCAAAUUGUCUUUACAGGAGAAUCGGCCUCCGGUAAAACCUCCAAUUACCUCCACGUCAUCGAUCAUUUAUUUUAUAUAGGAGAGCAGCAUCCAGUAAGUAUUUUCAGGAUCAAAAAUGGGAUUAAGCUGAUACAUGCCUUGACCCAUGCUAGUACUCCUACGAAUAAUUAUUCCACCAGGGCGGUUAUAAAGACGGAGCUUUCGUUCGGUCAAACUGGAAAACUAACUGCGGCUUCUUUUAAGGCUUUGUGUUUGGAAAAGUGGAGUAUUUCGGCGGUCGAUAUGAACCAAUGCAACUUUCACAUGAUCUACUACAUCUACGACGGUCUCUCCCACGCAGACGCAGUAAAAAAAUACCGUCUUGACAAAAACCGAGAUUACCGUUACCUACGAAUUCCUUCCGACGUGGAAGCUGAUCAAAAUAAACCGCGAGACAACCGACAGCAGAACGUGAUAAAAUACAAAAAAAUCUUCAGCUACUUGGAGGAGUUCGAGUUCUCCGAGGAGCAAAUCACCACAUUUUUCUCCAUUAUCGCGGCCAUUUUGAAUUUGGGGGAAAUCCGGUUUAAACAGAACGAGGACGACGGCUCGGCCGAGAUCGAAAAUAAGGAGUUCGCUGAGAAUUUUGCUGAACUUAUGGAGAUUGAUUCGAAAAAGUUCAUUUGGGCCCUCACUAAUUAUUGUCUCGUAAAAAAAGGGAACGUCAUUAGGAAGAAGAACACUUGUGAUGAAUCCAGAGACUCCAGAGAUGUCUUGGCCAAUAAUUUGUAUUGCAGAUUUGUUGAUUAUGUUAUAGGAAUGAUCAAUGAUAAGUUGGAAAUUGGAAAAGCUAUUUUUGGUAACAAGUACUCAAUCAGGCUUCUCGACUUCUAUGGCUUCGAGUGCUUCAAACAGAAUCACUUGCCUCAGUUCCUCGUCAAUUGCCUUAACGAGCAACUGCAAUACCACUACCUCCAAAGGAUUUUCUCCUGGGAGAUCCAGGAUUUAAAAACUGAGGAAAUCGAGUUUGAACCUUUCUCUUACUUUGACAAUAAAUCGACCCUAAAUCAAUUACUUAGUAAACCUGAAGGGUUGCUUUGUAUCAUAGAUGACGCGGCCAAAAGAAACCUGAAUGGCAAAUAUAUCAUGGAUAACCUGGAAAAUCAAGAGUCCAGCCGAAUAAUGAUAACGAACAGCAUGGAGUUUUCCGUGGCACAUUAUACGGGGUUGGUGCCGUACAGUGCCAAAGAGAUGGCAUUUAAAAAUCGCGAUUUUCUACCCCCGGAAAUUAUCGAAACAAUGAGGGAGUCCGAGAAUCCCAUCGUGAGGAUGCUGUUCGUCAACAAACUUGACAGGACCGGGGGGUUGAUUAUUAAUUUCGAGAAAGCCAGAAGAAACCGAGUCGGGUUUAAUAGCAAAAGGGUGGCGGGAGUGAACGAGUUUUCUCAAAUUAAAAAUAUGAGGACCGCAGGGACGGUUUUUAGGUGCUUAUGCCUGGAACUGUUGAAGGAGUUGUCUGUUGGGGGUAGUUCAGGUGGCACCCACUUUGUUAGAUGUAUUCGAUCGGAUCUUAAAAGUAGACCGGGGCAUUUUAAUGCUGAACUGGUACGUCAUCAAAUCCGCGCCCUCUCAUUGGUGGAAACCGCGAGGGUGCGACAAAAGGGUUAUCCUCAAAGGGUGACAUUUUCAGAGUUCCUAAGAAGAUACAAAUUUUUGGCUUUCGAUUUUGACGAAAACGUCGAAAUAACUAAAGAAAACUGCAGACUGUUACUGAUCAGGCUGAAAAUGGAGGGUUGGGCCAUCGGGAAAUCGCAAGUUUUUCUUAAAUAUUAUAACGAGGAGUAUCUGGCGAGGCUCUAUGACACUCAAGUGAGGAAAAUCGUUAAGAUUCAAAGUAUCUUAAGAGGGUUCCUAGCCAAGUGUAAAAUUAAUAAGCAAAUUAAAGCCCAGGAGAAAGCGUGUGUUCAAGAGCUUAAAAGAAAAAGUAUCGUUAUGACCCAAGACGAGGCAGCAGAAAUUAUCCAAAAAGCUUACAGAAGGAACGCCAACAAAGGAAAGAAAGAGAACGUGUUCGAUCCUUUGGGGGAGAAAGGCAAACAGUUUAUCAUGCCUUUCGCUAGAAAAUGGAAAUUGCAUAGCGUUUAUCACGUGCUGAUGCAAUACCGUGCCGCUAAGUUAUAUGAUUUCUUUAAUUUAUCACAACAGGUUCACUUCUACAAUCAAACUGUUUUUUUCCAACUCCAACCGAUCCAACACUGCGUAAACUUGAGUGGAAUAGACCAAAAAGCUCAGCCGACAAACUGGUUGGGCGAAUUAAAACCCGUUAUACAAAAAGUAAAUUUUCGUUUAGAUGAAAUUCCUUUUUAUGACACUUCUGCUUUAUGUGACCUGCUUACCAACGUAGGGACUGGUAUAGGGGAAGAAUGUUGGGACAGCCCUUACCAGUGGCGUCAGAUUCAGUCAACUGUUCACAAACAUGAAGAAAAAAAUGAUAUUCUCUCAGUACCAUAUAAUAGAGACCCCGAGGAGCCGCUGGCCAGCUUACCAACCAGCGGUAGCGAAGAAAAACUUAAUAAAUCCCAAACAAACCGAAACGUCCAGAGCAACUUUAGUAAAAUAGACCGGGAAUUGCAAGGUGAAAAAUCUUUAGGACCUAAGAGCCAUCAAGAGUACAAUGGCAAAGCCUUCAAGCAAAAGCAAGAAAUGUUUACCUCUAUACAACUGAAAAGACCUGAAAAUAAAUUCAGAUAUGAUCAGAGUGAAAGUACUUACAACUCCACUCCAGCCAAUAAAGACUUUGAAUUCAUAAAAUCGACUAAUAUGACCUCAAAGCCUAAGAACGCUGACCCAAUAGCUGAACUAAGGAAUAUAGUUCAAAGGCGUGAAAGUGGUUCCGAAGACGAUCCCCCGUUUAAUUUUCAAGGGAUGUUAAGGAAAACCAACUUCCAAAGGGACUCGUUCAAAAAAGUCGUACCUGGAGGACGAAGGGAUUCGAUUAAAAACGCCCUGGAGGCCGUAAGGAGGUUUUCACUUCCCAAGGACAAUGAUAACGAGGAUAGGGAUGAAGUGAUGAUCCUCAACACUAAGCCCUGUCACAUGGAGCUGAUGCCCGGGGUGAUUUUGGAGGGCAUCGAGGUUGAAUUAUAAUUUAUUUCUAGGUUAUGUUUAGAUGUUGCUAGAGUGGAAUUUUGGAAAAAUAAAGUUUAUUGGUUUAGUUAGA